GUCCAGUGAGACAUAGAUAGACAAGUGAGUGAGAGAAGUGAGAAGUAAGAAACGAGAACCCUCUGCGCUGCCAUAUUAAAAACCAGGAUAAGCAGCAUUAAUGGAGAUUUCCUCACCAGCAUCUCCCCAAAAUCCAUCUCUUAACUCUAUGAAUAAGCUAGAAAGGGAGGGGAAAAAGGAGGAUAUUAAACAAGAUCAGUCAACCAAGAGUACUGAUGGUUCGGCUUCGAUUCAAUUCCAUCAAGAGAAGGAGAAGGAGAUGAUGCAGCAGUCGACCAAGCAGAAAACCGGUCUGCGUUAUUGGCUUCUCCUCCUGAUCAACUACUUCUCUCUGUUCGCGGGUUCCAUCUCUUCCAGCUUGCUCUCUAGGUACUACUUCAUUCAUGGCGGUUCAAGCAGGUGGGUGUCUACAUGGGUUCAAUCCGCAGGUUUUCCUCUCCUGCUCCUCCUCAUCUACCUUCCUCGCCUCUUCAACUGCACAUACCGACGCCCCUUCUCCCUCUUCACACCCAAACUCCUGCUGCUAUCCGUGUUGAUAGGUCUGGCCAUGGGCUUAAACAACUUUCUCUUCUCGUGGGGAAUCUCCUACCUCUCCGUCUCCACCUCGUCUCUUCUCCUCUCCUCCCAACUCGCAUUCAACCUCCUCCUCUCCGUAAUCCUGGUGAAGCAGAAGCUGAGCUUCACCAACGUCAACUGCGUCUUCCUGUUGACCCUGAGUUCCAUCCUCCUGGCCUUGGGUUCCAGCCAUGACCGACCGGAAGGCGUCACCAAGACCCAUUACUUCCUGGGAUUCUUUUCCAUUCUGGGAGCUGGUUUGCUCUUCGCUCUCUACCUACCCGUGAUAGAGAUGGUGUACAGGAAGAUCCACAGUUACGAAAUGGUGAUGGAAAUGCAGGUGGUGAUGGAGAUUGCAGCAACGGUUUUGGCCACCGUUGGGAUGGUAUCGAACGGCGGAUACGAGGAUAUGAGGAACGAAAGUAGGCUGAGAUUCGAUCUGGGUCCGGUGGGGUACUGGCUGACGGUGGGAUUUAACGUCGUCAGUUGGCAGAUGUGUUUUAUGGGGACGGCUGGACUGGUUUUCUUGACGACGUCACUCACCGGAGGGAUUUGCAUGACGGCGUUACUGCCCAUGAACGUGGUGGGAGGCGUUUUGGUUUAUGGGGAUAGUUUUGGUGGAUCCAAGGCGGUGUCAACCGUUUUGUGUUUGUGGGGAUUUUGUUCCUAUGUGUACGGGGAGUACGUGAAGAUGAAGAGAGAGAGGGAGGAGCUCAAUCAAGGGAUGGAGAUGGCUGAUAGUGCUAGUGAUUCUGUGUGAUUUUUUUUUUUUUUUGUUUUUAUUUCUUUGAGUUGUAUUGUAACUUGUUUCUUUGU